AUCAUACUAUUCAUCUUCUUGAAAUCACCAGAGCUUGAAAUGGCCUCUGCUGCAAGGAACCUGCACAAGAUAUUCGUUGGAAACGUGCCAUGGACUGUAGCUCACAACGAGCUGAAGCAAUAUUUCUCGGAGUUUGGUCACGUUAGCAAUGUGUCCGUUGUGUUCGACCGUAACACUGGCAUGUCUCGUGGCUAUGGAUUCGUAACAUUCAGCCAUCAGAACGGAUUAGAUGCAGCCACCAGUCGCCAGAAGCAUUUUCUCGAAGGCAACACUCUGUUUCUCCAGCCAGCCUCUAAUAACUAGUGUACGUGUGUAGAACUGUCAUUGUAGUAGGAUUGUUAAUUUUGUUUGCUUUUU